AGCGAGCAGAGUCGGUUCACGUGGAAGCUCAGAGUCAUAAAUCUUUCCUUCAUUCAGCCUAAAACCCCCCAAAAAAAUGUUGUCUAAUCUCUCUUAUUCUUCUCCACCUCCGUUUCUCUUUAGGUUAUCUCAACCAUACAGCAACAAAUCUACCGGAAGAUAAUGCAAGAACCUCUAGCUGAAUCUGAAGGGGAAGAGUUGCUGCAUAAUAUCUUCAAACUCCUCUUCAAUGGCUGUCUCUAACAUGGUUCCCACUGUUCCUGUUCUCUUCUUCUUCUUCUUCUUCUUCUACACUCUUCUUUUGAUUUCUGGUGCAGCGAGUUCGUCGUCUUUAUCUCACAAUGUUAAGGUUCAGGAACAAGACAAAGAUCCCUUUGUUGGUUUCAACAUCGGCACAGAUGUCACUAAUCUCCUCUCACCGACGCAACUGGUCAAAUUCCUCCAAACUCAGAAAGUAAACCACGUCAGAUUAUACGACGCUGAUCCAGAAUUGCUCAAAGCAUUGGCUAAAACCAAGAUACGGGUUAUAAUCAGUGUACCGAACAAUCAGCUUCUCGCAAUUGGAUCUUCCAACAGUACAGCUGCGUCUUGGAUUGGUCGUAAUGUGGUUGCUUAUUACCCUGAGACGUUAAUCACAGCUAUCUCUGUUGGAGAUGAGGUUUUAACUACUGUGCCUUCUUCAGCUCCUUUGCUUUUACCUGCGAUUGAGUCUUUGUACAAUGCUCUCGUUGCUUCUAAUCUCCACACUCAAAUCAAGGUCUCUACGCCUCACGCAGCUUCCAUCAUGCUUGACACUUUCCCGCCUUCUCAAGCUUACUUUAACCAGACUUGGCAUUCCAUUAUGCUUCCGUUGCUUCAGUUCUUGUCCAAAACUGGUUCUCCUUUGAUGAUGAAUCUGUAUCCUUACUAUGUCUAUAUGCAGAACAAAGGCGUGGUUCCUCUCGAUAACUGUUUGUUCGAGCCCUUGACGCCGACUAAAGAAAUGGUUGAUCCAAACACUUUGUUGCAUUACACUAAUGUGCUUGAUGCUAUGGUGGAUUCUGCUUAUGUCUCGAUGAAAAACUUGAAUGUGACUGAUGUGGUUGUGCUUGUGACCGAGAGUGGUUGGCCUUCGAGAGGUGAUUCGAAAGAGCCAUAUGCUACUAUCGAUAAUGCUGAUACGUAUAACUCCAAUUUGAUCAAGCAUAUAUUUGAUAGAUCUGGUACUCCUUUGCAUCCUGAGAUGACCCCAAGUGUCUACAUUUAUGAGCUGUUUAACGAGGAUUUGAGGUCUCCUCCUAUUAGUGAAGCUAGCUGGGGAUUAUUCUACGGGAACUCUACGCCUGUUUAUUUGCUUCAUGUAUCUGGAAGUGGAACAUUCUUAGCAAAUGAUACAACAAACCAGACUUACUGCAUUGCUAUGGAUGGUGUGGAUGCAAAGACUCUUCAAGCUGCAUUGGAUUGGUCUUGUGGACCUGGGAGAGCUAAUUGUAGUGAGAUUCAACCUGGCGAGAGUUGUUAUCAGCCGAAUAACGUGAAGGGGCAUGCUUCGUUUGCUUUUAAUAGUUAUUACCAGAAGGAAGGAAGAGCUUCUGGUUCAUGUGACUUCAAAGGUGUGGCAAUGAUCACUACUACAGACCCAAGUCAUGGAAGCUGCAUUUUCCCGGGAAGCAAGAAGGUCGGAAAUAGGACACAGACAGUGGUGAAUUCAACUCAAGUCGCCGCGGGUGAAGCCACCUCAAGGAGUCUCUCAAGUGGCUUCUACGUCAGUAUCAUGAUUCUUGUAACAUCUUCUAUGUUGCUACCAUUUUGGUGAUUUAUCAUUUUUGCACGGUGAGUUACAAGUGUUUAACUCCAUUGAAGCCCAUUUUGAUCCCAUGACGGGAACGCACUCGAACUCCAGUGCCAUAUAGUACCAACCAGGUCUUCAUAGUGGCAACACCACUAGCCUACGAAGGUGUCAGCAAAGUUACUAUUUUAGGUCUUAAAACAUUUUAUUAGAUUGUAAUUUCUUGUUUUAUUUGUAGACCAUUUUAUUAGUCUCUUGUAUUCUUGUUUGUGGCAAUUAAAAUUUUGUAUAAAACCUGUCUUCCUUGAACAUUAUUGACAUUGUUAUACUGUA